AUGGAGGUUUCGCAGUUUUUAGUUCAUUCGAUCCACAACAAACACUCUUCGGGUGGUCUUAUAGCUGUAGACAACAGACGACAUACACAAUUGACCGCUGCUGUGAAAUCCGAAGAAAAACGUAUUCAAUCAGCCGAAUUGGAAUCCAGCUCACUGCGACGUACUCGCAGUCUUCCGGACAAAACUCAUCGCUCCAAAUCCGCCGCACUCCCGCGGGUAUCUCGCAAUUCAAGUGUGAGGACUAAACCACAACCUUCAGCACGUACCCGUCGAGUUAAUAUUGUUACAGACGGCCUAGCGUCAGCUAUGCCAGACUCAAGUGCACUGAGUCAUGAACCGCCUCAGAUGAAUCCUUCAGCGAAGCCUCGUCUUCCUCCUACGGAGUAUACGAAGGGAUCCCGCAAUCGAGCAACCACUCCUCGAAAUUUCAAUUUGGACCAAUAUCCGGAGACAACAAGACGUCACGAGGCGUUUACGGGCGAGGUAGAAUACAACUACAGUCCGGUUACCAGGCGAUCCACUUCAGACCGCAGAGGUAGUCCACAUCACUCCACUCGACAUCAUCGGGACCGCUCACCCAGAGCUCGGGAGAGCCCCGGAGCGGAGGAUGAUACUCAGUUUGUCGAUUCCACACUGACUUCUAUUAGUCACGCACAGUCCGACAGGCAUCGCAUACGAAUGGAACAACGGGAAAAGAUCAAAGAGGAAAUAUUGAAGCGAAGAGUGGAUACGCCGGUAAACACGGAAUCUCGGGUGGUGGAAGAGACAGUUGCCAUAACUCAAGGUCCCGUGAGUCCACGUCCCAAACCACGCAGAAUCAAAGAAAAGCAACAUGUUGUCCCAGACGAGCUGGUCAAAUUCACCGUGCACUGUCCCACGGUUGAGAAAGAACACGCACAAUACACCAAGUCGCACGCAGUCACUCAUGGUACACAUCCCAAAGAACCAGGAUCGCCUUCGCCCGCACGAGAAAAGUCACCAAAGAAGGCCAUGUGUGGAACAUGUGGUCUGGGUCGGAAAAAACCAAAAUCGAUUGGCGAACAUGAACGCAGUGAGGCACCCCCAAUCCGACCCAGAUCUCAAACCCGAAAACUGGAAACUCGUAGUGUGACAGAAUCGGCAAGAGACGAAUCUCCCGGGACAAAAGUGUACAGUCAACUGCCUGACGAUGCCUCGGAGGAGUUCUGUCUCCAAGCUGGACCGAUAACUGACAGCAAAGCGCAUCGGAAAUACGAUACGGCAACAGAAACGAACCGUAAACAAAUUGUCAGUGAGCACAAAACCGGACAGGCCCGAACGCAAAAACAUGAGAAUGACGGUCACAGUACUGUUGUUGAUGACAAGUCAUCACGGGGCUGUUUCUCUGUGGCUGCUAUGAAUUACGUGUCUGCGUUUAACAAUGAACUGUUGAGUAUGCUCAUGAAUGAAUCCUCAAAAGAACAAAAUUAA